UGUAACAUAUCGGAUACUAUCAGAUAACAACACCGGUCUCACUUGAACAGAACGGUCGGUGAUAUACUGAGACUAAAUUAGGAUGAGGUCAAUGUCUUAUCAGCUGGACCGUAUCAAGACUAUCAAUGUCUGGUGUUCAUAACGAUAUUUACAAUUGGAUGUCGAGAUCGUUCUGUGUAGAAAUCUGUGUUGUGUUAGGGUAGAUCAUCUAUAUUUCUAGAUAUGUCUGUCGCGUUUAUCGAUCUGGUGGUAAUUCACGGAUAGGAAGCAUGAUGUAACAAGGGUCUAGCUGCUUCAUUGGUCCAGGAAUCAGAAGACAAGCAGCCCUGCUGGAACCUUGAUGGUUCAUCGUCUGAAGGGAUUGCAGGGUCAUACAAACGUCCAUUGUUGAAUGGCCGUGGCACAUUUCAGCAUUUCUGCCACAAUGGUGACGCAUGGGAUGAAAUCGAACAUUUUUGAGGACAAGGUUUUACAUGUGUCUGGCAAUUCCAGUACCAUGACGGCCCCGCAGAUGUCCACCCUGGGGUUGAGAAACAACUCCUUUCCUCCUGCAGUAAUCUCACAACCUCCCUGCCAGUGGAUUCUGUAUGCUGAUGUAGGCACCUCGGGAGUGCGGAUCUGGGAUCUCAUCAUCCUCAUCCCCAAUGCUCUGUUUCUGAUGUUCCUGCUGUGGCGUCUCAAGUCCACAGUCUCCAAGCUCCGGACCAACACAAGCCCCAUCUUCAUGGCAUUCUAUUUCCUUGUGUUUCUGGUGGCGGUGAUCAGCGUCCUGCGUUGUGUCGUAUCCAUGACGGUCAAUGCCUCAGUCCUGGCUGGAGAUAUAGCUGACAAGGUGUUGUGGCUGAUCCUGAGGUUCUUCCUCUUGGCUACUGAGCUGUCCGUCGUCACCUUCGGUCUUGCAUUUGGCCAUCUAGACAGUCAUACAAGCAUCCGCCGUGUGCUGGUCGUCACCUUCGCCAUCGCUCUUGCCUACUCCUGUACACAGGGGACACUGGAGUUUGUUCGCCCGGACCCCAAGUUCCAUGUGGAGUCCGCUGCCAAUGAGACAGAGAACUUUGACAUCUUUGCACAUGGCGGCAUGAUCUUCUGGUUCUCAAGUUCCCUCUUCUUCUCAAUUGUGUAUAGUGUUAUAUUUAUCCUUCCGUGGACGAACCUGAACACCAAGCUCUCGCUGCCUUCCAAGAAGUCCUUUUACUACUACGCUCUGUUCCUGGCCCUCCUGAACCUGACCCAGGCUGUCGGCAGCGGCCUCAUCUACUUCAGCGUGGCCAAGGGCCUGUGUGUGGUGGAUGUGACGACCUACAUCUACUUUACUUGUUUUGAUCCCCUCGUCUACGGAACGUUUUUGAGGGAGUUCUUCAGCAUCUCCAUCCCAAGCAUCCCCUUCUCCUACAAGCACCAGGUGGACGAGAUCCCCGACGAGGACACGCUCAGUCUGCCUUACCAGACGCCCUUCGAGCGGGACAAGGACGAGGGCGUGGCCUUCAGCAACAGCUUCGACAGCACCCACUUCAACCGACAGAGUCAAGCCAGCUCCCCCAACAGUUCCGUCAACAUAGCACCCCCAAGCCUCUCCCUCAACAGCGACUACUAUCAGGCCUCAGCUUAAGGGGAGACAACUGCCGACACACCACUAUUCUAGGGCCCUUGAUGUGGAGCAGGUGUGAGAGUACCGUCAAUAUUCUGUUGUAGAGUUCCAGAUAGGGAAAGACAACGCUUUAUGACAUCUAUUGUCCUGCUUUUGGUGAUGUAGAUCGUGUAUUUGUGUGGAGCAUAUGAUCUGCAGAGACAAAUGUGUCUUAGGAAGACGGAGCCGAUAAGGCAACCACUUACAUAGUAUCACUCAGACAUAGCCAACUCAUCUUCCUGAUGCAGGGGAGUUAACUCACUUUGAAAAUCCAGUUUCCACCCUUACUGAACUAUGCUGGAAUUUCAGAGUUAUGUUUUGCCUGAACUAACGUGUCUAUGUAUAGUCCAAAAAAUCGUUAACAAAAUCGACAUCCAGUUCAUAAACUGACCUUCAAAUUUCGGUCGAUUGCGGGAUUUGCAAAGCAUGUUUAUCGUCAACUCGGCAUUGAUAGAUAUUUUCCAAACUUUUUCAUGUUUGUAAAUAAUGUGCUCAAGUGAUUUGAUGCUCUUCGCGAGGUUAGACCUGUUUUAUUACUAUCUAGAUCUUGAUUAACGAUUGGAACGUCUUGACUGGGUGCUGCUACUUUGUUUGAAGCAAAAGCAGGUAAAAUGAUAGGUUGAAUCUGAUUGGUCAAUAGGAGGGAGUCACGAGGGACAUGAUUUGUAAUAGCCACUAGUGGUGCAACGAUCGAACCACAAAAUUCCAGCCUAGUUCGGCAAGGAUGGAAACUGGACUUUUACAGUCAGUUAAUUCCCUUGCCUAGGGAAGAUGCAGCCAAAUGAGCACAAGCCCCUGUAUUUGGAUGUUGCGGAAGGUUGACCUGAAAGCAGACCGGUAUGAAACUGGCACUUGUCUGCAUCAGACCGGUAGAAGUGACCUGUCUGCUUCUGUGACAUCUCAACAUGAGAAUUCUUGCCACACUCAGCACUGGGAAUACAGGAGAAUUGUGAGUUUUCUGUGAAUUCUGUGACUUUGUGAAUCUGAGACUGCCUGCGAGUAGUCUGUCAUUGUGGCUAUCUAGUCUGCUGACCCCUUGUUCACUAUGCUUCUCACUAGCAUUGUUCUGUGUGGAGUGAGGGAGAGUGUGUCGUCCCUCGGCUGGGCAAGAUCUGAACAAACAGAUGCGGAGACUGGUGAGUCUACUGGCUGAGACUGUCAAUCAAAUAAAAAACGUGGAAUGUCAUAAUGCCACUGCUUGAACAUAAUUAUUUAUUUUGAAGAAAUUUUGGAAGAAUUUUGUGUGAUUUUUGCUAUUCUCGGUUUAUUUGUUAUUUUAUGCAUGAUUGUAAUAAUUUGAUAUAUGUAUUGUGUAUUACGGUCCCCAAAAUUCCAGUAACCAUGGCAGCAAAUACCCAUCAUAUUGUUAAAACUUGUAAAAAAAACUUGUCAAGGAAACACUAAUUAAGGAAAGUAAAAUUUAUCUUACUUACUAAUAUAUUAAUGUAUGUUACCAUGGUUACCUGAAAUGCUGGAUCGUUUUGCUUUAUCUGUAAAGAACAAACCCAUUCACAGAGAGGAUCCUGUUCUGUGUCCUAUAGUGAGGUGAGGUGUCUUGGUUUAUAGUGAGGUGAGGUGUGUUGGUUCAUGGUGAGGUGAAGUGUGUUGGUUUGCUUAUUUGAAUUGCAUAUCAUAAGACUGAUCCAACGAAUCAAAACAUAUUAUGAUAAGGCGGUUAUGUUAUGUUAUGUUAUGUUUUGAUUUGUUGGAUCACGGCUCCAUUGACCCUUAUAAUUUAUAAAAAAUAAAUUUGAAAAAACCCAAUAUGUGGUAAAUACUCAGUGAUGUAAAAACCCACAACACAAUGCCAAGUUUGAGUCCUUUUUCGCCAAGUCAUAGCUGAUUGUGUGCAUAAUGAAGCUGGAGUUAUGUCCCUUGACACAUGGACGUUGUUGAAAUGUGCUCCUGCAGACAGUGGUGCUAGGCUGUCUGGUGCUCUCACACAUAUAUAAACAGUGUACCUCAUGUGGAGUGUGAUCAUGUAUUGCUUUGUAACAGUGACAUGUAAUAAGUUACUCUAUGUUGAAAUGAAUAACCAUGAUAACAGUACAUCUCCAGAAGGCAUAUGUGAUAUUUGUUGUUUCAUAAUGUACAUUUACAUUUACAUUGUGUAUACCGUAUUCGACGUAAUAAUCGCCCGGGGCGCUCUCAAAAUUAGAAAUAGGGGGCUCUUAUUAGAAUAUUAUUUUAGUAAAAAAACAGUUAAAAGAUAA